CCAUACCGGAAAUACAAAUGAAAACAAGAAGGUCGAAUCAGUUGAGUUGACGCUCAUACCGCUUCACUUUAUUAAUAUCCGUGUCUCAGAAAGUUUGUAUCGUUCGUUCAGUGGCAGCUUUAUGGCCUCAUUCUGAUAUCUGAGAUCAUGAGCUUCCAUUCAUGGGAAUAAUCAGGAAUCUAUCUGCGUAUUUAACUCUGAUUCGUCCUAAUUUAUUUAGGAACCACCAUAAGUUAAUCAUGGCCAGACGACUUCAUGCAAGCAGAACAGUCGGUGUGGAUAAAAACGUUUGGGUUGAAUUCACGCAGCUGGCUGCAGACUACGAAGCCGUGAACCUCGGACAGGGAUUUCCUGACUUCUCCCCUCCGCAGUUUGUUCAGGAUGCUUUCUGUAAAGCUGUGAGCGGAGGCCCCCAGAUGCAUCAGUAUACCAGAGCUUUUGGCCAUCCUCGUCUGGUAAAAAGUCUCGCUAAAUUCUUCAGUAGGAUUGUGGGGCGUGAGAUCGAUCCCCUUGAAGACAUCUUGGUCACAGUUGGAGCUUAUCAGGCUCUUUUCUGUGCAUUUCAGGCUUUGAUUGACAAUGGAGAUGAAGUGAUAAUUGUGGAGCCGUUCUUUGAUUGCUACCAGCCAAUGGUUCUAAUGGCAGGAGGUACUGGGGUGUAUGUCCCUCUGAGACCGAAAGAGGGCAGCACUGUCCUGUCAAGUGGAGACUGGGUUCUUUCUGCUGAGGAGCUCGCCAGUAAAAUCACUCCUCGCACAAAAGCCAUUGUUAUCAACUCUCCCAACAACCCUUUAGGCAAAGUUUACAAAGUUGAGGAACUCCAGAUGAUUGCUGAUCUGUGUAUUAAACAUGAUCUGCUGUGCUUUAGUGAUGAGGUCUACGAGUGGCUGACUUAUGAUGGAGCCAAACAUGUAAAGAUAGCCAGCCUUCCUGGGAUGUGGGAACGGACCAUAACAGUCGGCAGUGCUGGGAAAACCUUUAGUGCUACUGGCUGGAAGGUUGGCUGGGCUAUAAGCUCUGGAAACCUCAUCAAACACAUGAAAAUCAUCCAUCAGAACUCAGUCUAUCACUGUGCAACAGCAGCUCAGGAAGCCGUAUCUCACGGAUUCGACAGAGAGUACGAGCUGUUCGGGACUCCAGAGAGCUACUUCCAGCAGCUGCCUUCGAUGCUGCACCAAAAGAGGCAGAAGCUGGCCUCGUGUCUGCGGAGUGCGGGCCUGCAGCCCAUCAUGCCAGAGGGAGGAUACUUUAUGAUCACAGACAUCUCCUCUGUCAAGGUGGAUCUAAAUGAUGAGAGCACCGAGGAUGAAAGCUACGAUUUUAGAUUUGUCAAAUGGUUAAUUAAAGAAAAGGGGUUAGCGACAAUCCCAGUUUCUGCUUUCUUCAGUCCAGAACACAGCAAGGAGUUUGACAAAUACAUCCGCUUCUGUUUCGUUAAGGAAAACUCCACACUGGAAGCAGCAGAAGAAAUCUUAAGAAAAUGGAGUCAGAAAGAGUGAAAUUAGCCAUCCAUCGUCCAUAUUUUUAAAGCAACUUAGUGAACGUCCUCAGGAAAACUGUUAUGAAAUCGUCAGUUUUUUUAUGUUUGUCCUCAAACAAAAUAUAGGGUUACACUUGCAUGUCCUAAAAAUAUGCAAAAUUAUUAAUAAAGCUCACAAUAAGCA